UUGUUCAGGUAAAACUUUAUUAUUUAAAGCAACAUGAAUUAUGAAUGACUGCACAGAAGGUAAAAGUGUGUAGUCUUGCAAACCUUUAUUGAUACUGCUAAAGCUGAAUAUAGGCGUGGCAGACUUACCCAUACACAGUGUAGUGACUGGUGCAGUGACAUUCUUUUAAUGCAAGUGACAUCUGCUUCUUACAUGCAAAAUGUUUCAUUACACUUUGUCGUGAAUAUAUUAAUAUGGAGAGUUUUUAUAAAGUCUUAGCAAUUUCAAACAUACACAAUACUUACAAAUGGCCCAAAACCGGCUCAUUUCAUAGCUUACAGUUUAGCUUCUUUCUGAAUAACAAAUAAAUGCACAAUAAAGAACAACAGUCAGCAAGAUGAAACUGAAAGACAAAGAUAUGUUUGACACUAUGGGGUUGAAAUACUGAUAAUUGGCGAACAAUAGCCUAUAGUUUGGAAGGAUGCUCUUUCAAUGAGUGUUUUUUAAUGUUUCUGAUUUUUAUUACUUGUGUUCUUAAGUAUGCCCAACAAAAGUACUGAAUGUAUGUUAAACAAGACCAUAACCAGUUUAUUCAAAUCAAUGAUUUCCCUUUAGGUAAAAGCCGACAAAAUAAAUAAAUAAAUAAACACAAUUAUAAUAGUUAUCACGCGUAUAGAAUGCUGUAUGGAUUUGGUUCCCGUUAACCAUUUAAAAAAUAAUAAUACAUUGGAUUUAAAGGGAACGUUAUGUCGUUUAUACUUUCAAAUGAAGAGUGGAGGGAAGGGGGUUGUUGAUUUUUAGGAGCCGUUUAGCCAGUCCUCGUGCGGCUGACGCAAUGUACUCAGUCCAGCGGCGGCUCGUGCGGUCAGUGGGCAAUGAUACUCUAACAACAACAUACACACUUUAUCCUGAUCCAAAAUGGUGGCUGUCGUAACCCAGUUGCUUCUGUCCGGGAUGCUGUUGUUCGGGAUGCUGCUCCACACGUUGUCCCAACAUGAAGCCAGGGUUGAUAAGCUCAAUAGAAAGCCCAAUUUCAUCAUCAUACUAGCAGACGAUAUAGGCUGGGGUGACCUGGAUGCUAACCAGCCUGAGGAGAAGGCAAAUAAUACACCUAACCUCAACCUGAUGGCCCUACAAGGAUUGAGACUGACAGACUUCCAUUCCCCAGCUUCGACAUGCUCUCCAUCCCGUGCUGCCAUCCUGACAGGCCGCUACGGCCUAAGAAACGGCGUGACUCAUAACUUUGCGGUGGGUUCUGUGGCUGGUCUGCCUCUGUCUGAAGUCACCUUGCCCCAGCUGCUACAGGGGGAAGGAUAUUACACUGCCAUGAUUGGAAAAUGGCACCUCGGACACAAUGGCCCAUAUAGUCCAACUCACAGAGGUUUUGACUACUACUUGGGUAUUCCCUAUAGUAAUGACAUGGGCUGUACAGACAGACCAGGAUAUAAUUUACCCCAGUGUCUGCCCUGUGACACAUCUGGACCUCAAGUGAUCAGAUUGAGGAGGAGCGUGCAUGGAGGCUGUUAUUCCAAAGUGGGGCUGCCUCUCAUUGAAAACAGGAGUAUCGUGGAGCAGCCACUUGACCUGUGGACACUGACAGAACAAUACAAAUCUGCAGCACUCAGGAUUAUACACAGUGCAAGGGAGCGAGGACAGCCCUACCUGCUCUACAUCGCACUGGCACACAUGCACGUCCCAUUGGCCCCUCCACUCUCUACAGAAGCACCAACCACCGCUCAGCUCUCAAAUGAUGGAGUGUACGCUGCCAGUCUGAGAGAGAUGGACAGCCUGGUCGGGGCAAUAAAGACAGUUUCUGAUAACUCAGACAAAGACAACACACUCAUCUGGUUCACCGGUGACAAUGGCCCUUGGGAACAGAAGUGCCAAUACGCAGGAAGUGUAGGACCCUUCACGGGAAAAUGGCAGACCAGCAAGGGUGGAGGAUCAGCUAAGCGGACCACCUGGGAGGGAGGUCACAGAGUGCCGACAGUGGCCUAUUGGCCUGGAAGGAUUCCUGCAAACACCACCAGCUCUGCCCUGCUCAGUGGUAUGGACAUCUUUCCAACUGUUCUGUCCCUGGCAGGGGUGACACCGCCCACAGACAGGCGCUACGAUGGCAUCGAUGCCACAAAUGUCCUCAUGCGCCGUGAAGAGAUGGGCCACGAGUUUCUCUUCCACCCUAACAGUGGUGCUGCUGGGUCGUUUGGUGACCUGCAGACAGUUCGAACUGGGAAACACAAGGCAUUUUACAUCACAGGUGCAGCAGAGGCAUGUGGUGGUGGAACAGGAAUGCAGAAGGUCCACAACCCGCCGCUAAUAUUUGAUCUGGAGCGAGACGAGGCUGAGGAAACACCCCUGGCAGUCGACACACCUGAAUACAAGGCGGCAGCAGAGAGGAUCGCCCGCCGGAGGGAGGAGCUAUUAUGGGACAUCGCCACAGACAAGUCAGUGUCCACCGCAGACUACAGAACAGACGAAUCAGCUGCACCAUGCUGUGAUCCCCGACAGGCUGUUUGCAGGUGCCACACACUGGGCUGAGGGGCGAAAGCCGAACAUGUAAACAAAUGGCUGAUAAGAGAGGCACACAGAUGUGUAUGAGCAAACAGAUGUUGUGAAAAACAUCUCCUUUGGAUGAGCUCGGCAGUUUGUUUGUGUAAGGUUGUUGUUUGGGAGGUUCAACGUCCAGAUGCAGUAGGAGAUGUGCAAACAAGAGACGGAGCAGAGAGAAUCAGCUGGCUGAACUUCGUCCACUUAGUAGAGAAGUGGUGAAGCUGAUGUGAUUCUCUGGGAGGUCCAUCAUUUGAGAAAAAUAACAAAUACCAGCUUAUCAAACACGUAAAAAGUUAUGGACGCAUUUAUUUGGCAAUGUAGCUAAAGCAACAAUUUAACUUUCAAAAAUUUAAAAAUGUUCAACAAUGCUUAAUUUUACUGGAUAUUUGAUUUUUCUUUUUGUACAGAGUAAAUUAUGCUAGCUUUAAAAAUCAAAACCACACAAUGCAGAUGUUGAGUCAUUUCUCUGGUUUAAUGAGUUUCUGGUGUAAAUGUCCAGUACUGAACAGCUCAUUGCAGCUCAAGGGUGUCCUAACAGCGCCAUCUUUUGGCAAAUCAUAUGGUAUUACUAUGUUACUUAUUACAACAGUACUAUAUAGAAAUGUUAUAUAUACAUUAUACACACAGUAGAAAUCCUUACUUUAUAUUUACGCAUGGUAAGUCUAUGUGUUGAUGUGUAAUACUUUAAACAAUUUGCAAAAGAAUAUUUAAUACAUCAAUGUAAAAAUAACUAUGACUUGCAUGUUAACAUAUUCAGCAUCAUGUAGUAAAUAAAAGGGUCUUCAGGGUAUCGCUGAAAUUGAAGGACCUGUAACUUUGUCAUGUACAGCUCGUCUCCAGGCUUAUAACAUUUAGCUGUUGAGCCCACUCUUCCAAAUAUAUUAUUAGGUUACAUUUGUGACUCUGCAAGUUUUCAGUCUCGUCUAUUGCUACCAUAAUUAGUAUCACAGCUGCAUCUGCGAGUCAUAUGAUACUAGCGGCAUGUAUCAUGAUUUAAAUAGUGUAUCACACAACAUCUUUUACCUUCUUGAGUGAACUACUGCUUCUCUCUUGAGGUAUGACACAUUUAAUGCCCACUGAUAAGCUCCAAAAGUCCUGGGGAACCCCCCCUAAUGAUAGAUCUUUAAGGUUUAAUACGUAGUAUUUGUUGGUUACCGUUUGUAAACACAACAUUCAAACUUGGCCCCUCCUCCCCCGGCUCAACGAGCAGAGAGAGAGCAGCGUCAUCUACAGAGUGAAUGAAGAGAGGGAGCAGCGUCAGAACAAAACAGAGAAAUGUGCCAUUAUUUUUUGUCGGUUUCACUCCAUUUAGGCUCUAAAACACACAACCCUGCAGGAAGGCCACAUUGUUGGAUUUUGUGUGAAUGUAGCACUCUCUCAGCCCAGUGCCCACCCACUUUCCAAAAGUUGCAUCCCCAAAAUGUCCCAAACGCAGCAAAACACGAAGAAAAUACUGCCCCCAAGGGAGUGUCUCCAGAGAUAAAUAAACUUCCACACUCUUCUAAUGUGUCACAAGGGAUGACUGAGAAUGAUGACUUUCGCAUGAAUCUAAGUUUUCAUGAAAUCUCUGCAUAUUAUACAUUUAAGAUCCUAAAUCCUAAGACUUGUGACAGCAAAUGUGAUUAAGAUGGUCAGAUUUAGACAGAUGUUAUUAGGCCAUUUUUACAUUGCACUUGGCUUCGAACGAAGCUGCUACAAUUAGUGAAAUCUAAUCCAAUCUAGUAUUGUCAUUCUGUUCAUAAUACUUGCAUCCUCAUUUGGUAGCUACCAUCACAAUAUUUUGUUGGGACAUAGUAUUCUCCAACAGCAGCACCUGUGUUCAAUGAUAAUGUAAUUGUGUAUCGUCAGUAUUUCUUGCUGUGCGCACUGGUUACUUACUAAGUGUUUAACACUGUCGUUAAUGGCAUUACACAGGAGUUCACAGUAGAUUCGACUCUUCAGACAGCUUUCGAAUGUGUCUAGUCUUAAUGAAAAUGUUCUGAAAAUGUUCUGAAGAUGCUUUGUUAAGAUGAGUGGAUCAUCUGUAGUGUUUUUUUUUUUCUAUAUUCCCUUU